ACGCGCCACUCCUUCGCUGAGGCUGGUCGUACGCAGGAGCUCGGCUGAGCAGUCUAGCGGGUGCCGUGUGCAGCCAAGACCAGCCAUACUCAGUGGCCCCGCGACCCGGGCAUCCUCUGCUUUCUCCCCGUUCCCACCCGGAAUCGCGCUCGCCGCGUCGGGACCCUCGGACACAGCCACCGAAUCGCGCCAGCUGCAGAGCCAACAUGCCCAUCACUCGGAUGCGCAUGAGACCCUGGCUAGAGAUGCAGAUUAAUUCCAACCAAAUCCCAGGGCUGAUCUGGAUUAAUAAAGAGGAGAUGAUCUUCCAGAUACCAUGGAAGCACGCCGCCAAGCAUGGCUGGGACAUCAACAAGGACGCCUGUCUGUUCCGGAGCUGGGCCAUUCACACAGGCCGAUACAAAGCAGGGGAAAAAGAGCCGGAUCCCAAGACAUGGAAGGCCAACUUCCGCUGUGCCAUGAACUCCCUGCCAGACAUCGAGGAAGUGAAGGACCAGAGCAGGAACAAAGGCAGCUCAGCUGUGCGGGUGUACCGGAUGCUCCCACCCCUCACCAAGAACCAGAGGAAAGAGAGGAAGUCCAAGUCCAGCCGAGAUGCUAAGAGCAAGGCCAAGAGGAAGUCAUACGGGGACUCCAGCCCUGACACCUUCUCCGAUGGCCUCAGCAGCUCCACCCUGCCUGAUGACCACAGCAGCUACACGGCUCAGGGCUACAUGGGGCAGGACCUGGAGGUGGAUCAGACCCUCACUCCAGCGCUGUCGCCGUGCGCCGUCAGUAGCACUCUCCCCGACUGGCACAUACCGGUGGAAAUUGUGCCGGACAGCACCAGCGACCUGUACAACUUCCAGGUGUCGCCCAUGCCUUCCACCUCUGAAGCCACAACAGACGAGGACGAGGAAGGGAAAUUACCUGAGGACAUCAUGAAGCUCCUUGAGCAGGAGCAGUCAGAGUGGCAGCCGACAAAUGUGGAUGGGAAGGGGUACCUCCUCAAUGAACCUGGGGCCCAGCCCACCUCUGUCUACGGAGACUUCAGCUGCAAGGAGGAGCCGGACAGCCUUGGGGGAGAUAUCGGGCUGAGCCUACACCGCGUCUUCACAGACCUGAAGAACAUGGACACCAGCUGGCUGGACAGCCUGCUGCCCCCUGUCCGGCUCCCCUCCAUCCAGGCCAUUCCUUGUGCACCGUAGCUGGGCCCCCGGGCCCCUUUUGCUCUCCUAGGCAAGCGGGAUCUGGCCUCAUGAUGGCUGUGGUGCAGAGAAGCAGGACUCCUGCGGGCCCCUUGACAUACAAAGUGUGACCCCAGUACCAAGUGGGGAUGGGGCCGCCUUCCUUGGGACGGUGGCUUCUCGGGGUGUGGCAGGUCAGGGUCUGGGCUCAUCAGGUGGGGUAAAUCUGGUCCCACUUCCCGGGAAGAUGGGGUUCAGAGACUGCUGGCAGGCGGGGACCUCAACGAGGAGUCAGCCCUCCAGGUUUUCCCUCUGAGCCCAGCUGCCUGGAGAGGAUCUCCCUGCCGCUGAGCUGGUCUGAGGGAACAGACCAGUGACCUUGGAGUAGCCCAGCACCAACCCCAGGGCUGGCUCUGCACUAAGAGACAAUUGCACUAAGUGAACCCUAUUGCCAAAGACACCUCCCUUCCCAGCUGAGCCCUGGGGACUGUUCCAAAGCCAGUGAAAUGUGAAGGAAAAACGGGGUCCCGCGGGACAACGCCCCUCAGCCUCAGAGGAGCUCUGCCCUGCUCCUUGCUCAGGCCGAGGGGCUCAAGGGAGAAACAUGGCACUUUUCUUGUGGACUUGCCACAUCCCAGUCAGAGGUGUACACUAACGUUCCCCCCAGGCUCCCAGCCUGUGCAUUUAUUUAUACAGUGCCUUGCCCUGCGCCCGCUGGCUGCCCUCAGCAGGCCCAGGGAGGGAAGUGGGAGCACCUUGGUAUGACUUUUAAAAUAAGAAAAGCUUUCUAACCACUAAGUCAUGUAUGAUCACAUACAUGUGUGUAAAUAUGUAUAUUGUCUUUUUAUAAAAAGUUCAUUGUUCGAA